CUCUCUCUCUCUAUAUAUAUAUAUGUUCUACGUCGCCGGAGGUUAGAACAUGGCUCAGGCAAAAACCCGCUUCAAAUUCGCCAUAUACGUGCUUGUGAUCAUCUCCAUUGUUUAUAUUUUCACCCUAGACAUUACCAAGAACCAGCGUUUCUUCAAUUCCCAUGAUCACUUUCCUCUUCCGAAAACAAACAACGUAACCGGGGACGAGCUCGACGAGGCGUUAGCAGCAGCUUCCACAUCGGACAGGACUGUAAUAAUCGCCGUAGCAAACAAGGCGUACGUAGACGGCGAUAAGCCGACGAUGCUGGACUUGUUUCUGGAGGGUUUUAGGGCGGGGGAGGGCACCGAGGGGUUGAUCAACCACCUCCUGAUUGUGGCCGUCGAUGGGACUUCGUACGACAGGUGCAGAUUUCUGGGCCUCCAUUGCUACAAGCUGGAGACGGACGGUGUGGAUUUUGUCGGGGAAAAGGUCUAUAUGUCGGAGGAUUUCAUCAAGAUGAUGUGGAGAAGAACGCUUUUCUUACGGGAUGUGAUCUACCGAGGUUACAACUUCAUUUUCACGGACAUUGAUGUAUUAUGGUUAAGAGAUCCAUUCCCAUACUUAACCACAAAACAACCCCUAGACCUACAAAUCAGCACGGACAGGUUCCGGGGCAAUCCAUGGUCCGAAUCCCAUCGUAUCAACACCGGGUUCUACAUGAUCCGAUCCAACAACAAGACCCGAGCCCUGUUCGACGCCUGGUACGCCAACAAGGACAACUCCACCGGGCUGAAGGAGCAGGAUGUUCUGGAGAAGCUGAUGCGCCAAGGCUUUUUCAGACAGCUGGGGCUCAAAGUCAAGUUCUUGGAUACUCUCUAUUUCAGCGGGUUCUGCCAGGACAGCCGCGACGUCACGGUCGUCGCCACCGUCCACGCCAACUGCUGCCGCGGCAUGGCCGCCAAGUUGGCCGACUUGACCAUGGUGGCGCGUAAUUGGAAAAGGUACAAGAGGCUCGCUUCUGCCAAUGCAACCUCCACGUUUAGGUGGUCGCUUCAUAGAGCUUGUUGGAAUUCAUGGAGGAAUUAAUUAUUGCAAAAUAUUAGUAAUUUAAUU